AAGAGGGCAGUUCCCAGGAAAUCGGUUAAUGAAAGACCAAAAUCACCAGCGGGUCAAUCGGCGAGGCUCUCUGGGGACAGGCAGCCCCGGCAGCCCCCCCCCGCAGGGAUGAAGUUCCCGCUAGCCCUCUGCCUGGGCUUGGUGGCCCUGGCCGCCGCCAGCCAGUCCCCGUUACAGCGGCGGGUGGUGAAGGAUGUGCUGGAAUAUUUCCACGGGCGCAGCAACGUGCAUUUCCUCUUCAAGGAGCAGGCGGUGGAAGGGGCGGUGGAGCGGGAAGACCCCUCGGGGACGUUCGUCCAGCUGCGGGUCAGCCUGGUGCAGACGGCCUGCAGGAAGAGGGCACCGCGGCAGAACUGCAAGGCCCUGGAGAACCGGAGGAAGCCGACCUGCCUGGCUUGCUACAAAUUUGAUGGCGGCGACGUCCCCAAGGUGCUGGACAAGUACCACAACUGCGGCCCCAGCCAUCACCUGGCGGUGAAGGAGAUCAAACAGCGGGACGAGGCGGAGUGCAGGGCGGUGGAGGAGGCCGGCAAGUCGGCAGACGUGCUCUACCUCCCCGGCAUGUACGCCUUCUCCAAGGGGCUGCCAGCCUAGGGGCCGGCCACACGCGGCCACCGCCUCCGCCAGCCCGAGGAGAUGGACGCUGCCAUGGGGGACCGGCCCGGCCCGGCCCCUCCUGCUUGCCACCCCCCCAGCACCGCGUCGCCAAAGGAUGGUCCUGGACACUCUCCCUCGCCCUGCUCCCCAGCUCCCCAGUAAAGCCCGGCUCUGGC